UCAGCAAACAGAAAAAAAACAGAGUGAUAUACGUACGUGUCCCUAAUGAAAAACCCUAGUUAAAUCUUCAUCUCUGUCACGUUGCUCUUUACACCCUCACUUCACUGCAAAUAACAACAGCAACAGCCAACCCAAAGGAAAAAGAGAAACGAAAGAAGCCAACCAUGAGCUGCUGCAGGAACCUCUCUUCUUCCCCUUCCCAUUUCUGUUCUUUCUCCAAGCCUUUCCUCCCCAAAUCCCUCAGCUUCCCAUUUUUCUUCUCUUCCUCUCCCAACCCCAAAACAGGCCCACGGAAUGCUUUCCACCUCCGCUCAUGGCCACCGCAACGCAGCUUCUCUCUCACCGCAACCAAACGCGUCCCAAUCCAAGCAAAUUCAGCCGCCACCGCCGACGCAAAGGCUCCCAAACUGGGCAAAAGAAUGGAUUUGAAAAAGAUUAUGAUCCUCGGAGCCGGUCCAAUUGUCAUUGGCCAAGCUUGUGAAUUCGAUUAUUCGGGAACCCAAGCUUGCAAAGCGUUAAGAGAGGAAGGGUACGAGGUCGUUUUGAUAAACUCCAACCCGGCAACCAUCAUGACGGACCCGGAUAUGGCGGACCGGACUUACGUAACUCCGAUGACGCCCGAAUUAGUCGAACAAGUCCUCGAAAAAGAACGUCCCGACGCGCUUCUACCCACAAUGGGUGGCCAAACAGCUUUAAACCUCGCGGUGGCGUUGGCAGAGUCCGGGGUUUUAGAGAAAUACGGGGUGGAGUUAAUAGGAGCAAAGCUGGACGCCAUUAAAAAGGCUGAGGAUCGCGAUUUGUUCAAGCAAGCGAUGAAAAAUAUUGGUAUUAAAACCCCGCCUUCAGGUAUUGGGAAUACAUUAGAUGAAUGUAUCGAAAUAGCUAAUGAAAUCGGGGAGUUCCCAUUGAUCAUUAGGCCAGCGUUUACUUUAGGAGGGACAGGGGGUGGGAUAGCUUACAAUAAAGAAGAAUUUGAGGCUAUCUGCAAGGCGGGAUUGGCUGCCAGUUUGACUUCACAAGUUUUGGUUGAGAAGUCAUUGUUAGGAUGGAAAGAAUAUGAGUUGGAAGUUAUGAGGGACUUGGCUGAUAACGUUGUGAUCAUUUGUUCAAUUGAGAACAUUGAUCCAAUGGGGGUGCAUACAGGGGAUUCUAUUACUGUGGCGCCUGCACAGACCUUGACUGACAAGGAGUACCAGAGGUUGAGGGAUUAUAGUGUUGCAAUAAUUAGGGAGAUUGGGGUGGAGUGUGGAGGUUCGAAUGUCCAAUUUGCGGUUAAUCCUGUUGAUGGUGAAGUCAUGGUCAUUGAGAUGAAUCCAAGGGUUUCAAGGAGUUCUGCUUUGGCUUCAAAAGCUACAGGCUUUCCAAUUGCAAAAAUGGCUGCUAAGUUGUCAGUUGGGUAUUCGUUGGAUCAGAUUCCUAAUGAUAUUACAAAGAAAACUCCUGCUAGUUUUGAGCCAUCUAUUGAUUAUGUGGUGACUAAGAUCCCACGGUUUGCAUUUGAGAAAUUCCCUGGUUCUCAGCCAAUACUGACUACCCAGAUGAAAUCUGUUGGGGAAUCCAUGGCUCUAGGCCGCACGUUUCAAGAAUCCUUUCAAAAGGCAGUUCGAUCACUGGAAUGUGGCUACUCUGGAUGGGGUUGUGCAAAAGUUAAAGAACUUGAUUGGGAUUGGGACCAGCUGAAAUACAGUCUGAGAGUCCCCAGCCCAGAUCGCAUCCAUGCUAUAUAUGCUGCAAUGAAGAAGGGGAUGAAAGUGGAUGAGAUAUAUGAGCUGAGUUUGAUUGACAAAUGGUUCCUCACUCAGUUUAAAGAAUUGGUAGAUGUGGAGCAAUAUCUUUUGUCCUGUAAUUUGUCUGAUCUGACAAAGGAUGAAUUUUAUGAAGUCAAGAAGAGAGGCUUCAGUGAUAAGCAAAUAGCAUUUGCAACGAAGUCAUCAGAGAAAGAAGUCCGAGCAAAACGAAUAUCAUUGGGAAUUACUCCAGCAUAUAAGAGGGUAGAUACUUGUGCUGCAGAGUUUGAGGCCAAUACUCCUUACAUGUACUCCUCUUAUGAUUUCGAGUGUGAAUCAGCUCCAACUGAGAAGAAGAAGGUUUUGAUUUUGGGUGGAGGACCAAAUCGUAUUGGUCAGGGGAUUGAGUUUGACUAUUGCUGUUGCCAUACAUCUUUUGCCCUUCAGAAAGCUGGAUUUGAGACAAUCAUGAUGAAUUCAAAUCCUGAAACUGUGUCCACGGAUUAUGAUACUAGUGAUCGUCUUUACUUUGAACCCCUAACAGUUGAAGAUGUUCUUAAUGUUAUUGAUUUAGAAAGACCUGAUGGCAUCAUUGUCCAAUUUGGAGGUCAAACACCCCUUAAGCUGGCUCUGCCCAUUCAGCAUUACUUAGAUGAGCACCAGCCUUUAUGUGCCAGUGGGGUUGGGCAUGUUCGCAUUUGGGGUACAUCACCAGAUUCCAUUGAUGCAGCUGAGGACAGAGAGAGGUUCAAUGCCAUCCUUUAUGAGUUAAAGAUUGAGCAGCCAAAAGGAGGGAUUGCCAAGAGUGAAGGUGAUGCUCUUGCAAUUGCAACAGAUAUAGGUUACCCAGUUGUUGUUAGGCCUUCGUAUGUGUUGGGUGGCCGGGCAAUGGAGAUCGUAUAUAGUGAUGACAAGCUCGUGACAUAUCUAGAGAAUGCUGUUGAGGUGGAUCCAGAACGGCCUGUACUGAUUGACAAGUAUUUAUCUGAUGCAAUUGAGAUUGAUGUAGAUGCACUUGCUGAUUCGCAUGGUAACGUGGUGAUUGGGGGGAUAAUGGAGCACAUUGAACAGGCUGGGAUCCAUUCUGGUGACUCUGCCUGUUCAAUUCCCACGCAAACUAUCCCAUCUGCUUGCUUAGAUACUAUAAGGUCAUGGACUACAAAAUUGGCUAAGAGGUUAAACGUGUGCGGGCUCAUGAACUGUCAGUAUGCAAUCACAGCAUCUGGUGAUGUUUUCUUACUUGAGGCAAAUCCUCGUGCUUCUCGUACUGUACCAUUUGUUUCCAAGGCAAUUGGGCACCCAUUGGCUAAAUAUGCUGCCCUUGUUAUGUCGGGAAAGUCGCUUAAUGAUCUAGGUUUCACAAAAGAGGUGACACCAAAACAUGUGUCAGUUAAGGAAGCUGUUCUUCCAUUUGAGAAGUUCCAAGGUUGUGAUGUGUUGUUAGGACCUGAAAUGAAAAGCACUGGUGAGGUGAUGGGCAUUGAUUUUGAGUUUGCAAUAGCAUUUGCCAAAGCUCAGAUUGCUGCUGGGCAGAAACUACCACUGUCUGGCACUGUUUUCCUCAGCUUAAAUGACUUGACAAAGCCCUAUCUUGAAAGAAUCGCAAAAGCUUUCUUAGGUUUGGGGUUCCAGAUUGUUUCAACAUCUGGGACAGCUCACUUUCUUGAACUAAAAGGUAUCCCGGUGGAACGAGUGCUGAAAAUGCAUGAGGGGCGGCCACAUGCUGGUGAUAUGAUUGCGAAUGGGCAGAUCCAGUUGAUGUUGAUCACAAGCUCGGGUGAUGCACUUGAUCAGAUUGAUGGCCGGCGAUUGAGGAGAAUGGCUCUUGCUUACAAGGUUCCUAUAAUAACAACUGUUGAUGGAGCCUUGGCAAGUGCAGAGGCAAUAAGGAGCUUGAAGUCGUGCGCUAUCAACAUGAUUGCACUUCAGGACUUCUUCGACACCGAGGUAGAAGCAGGGAGUAGCAAAAAUUUGCUGUCUACUUCUUCCUCUCUAUAGAUUGAGUAAGCUUUUUGGGUAUGCACUGACUUUUUUUUCCUCCUCUAUUUGAUGUUCUUUCAUAGUAUGUUUUUCAUUGCCCUUGCCUGGGACAGAAUUUCUUCGAAGUUGCUGUUUUCUUCCCUGAUUUCUUGCUGUCUCAUCUCUAUUCCUGUUAUUUGAUUGAUGAUGACGAAUUUUGAAGAGUGUAGCGUAGUGAAUAUUUAAGCACUGAGAAAUGUAAUAUAUAUGUGUAAUAUGAGGAGGCAAUUUUGAGGUGCCCUUAUGUGUUAUA